AUGCCCAUACUUUUGACAGCGGUGACACUGCCCAAUGAGUCUGGAGUUCUUCUGAACCUCAACUCAAAUGGCCAGUCCCAGCAGUUCGUGUUCGUUGAACACUUGCUGAGACUUUUCAGUCUUGGGCAGUAUUACGACCACCAAAGGCAUGGGCGCGCCGCCGCUGCGCUUCAAUCGAAUGAUGUGAAGAGGGCUAUAUCCGCUCUGCUCCAGUUCACCCUUAAUCUCAGUAUCCGAAAAGUUGACGGGAACUGCUCGAACCACCGCAUGGAUGUUCCGUUCCGAAGUGAGAGGAAAAGUGUGAUGGGGCACUUCUUCCUCUCGGAAUAG